UUCGCCUAUCUCGACAUGAAUUAUCCAAUACAACAAGGCGUUGGCUGGACCCCGCCUCCAUACAACCGGACGCCUCAGAAUGUCCCUACGUCUCGAUAUGAGCAUUAUAACUUGCAUAUAAUUCAACAUCCAAAAGACGGGAAAGUGGCAAUUGGCAAAGAAAAAGAUCGCAAACCGCUCGACCCACCCCCCUGGUUCAAUUAAGUGUUGGCGGCGGACCAGAUGCCUCAACAUAUCUGCAAAGUGAGUCCUUAUACGAUGGUACUGGCGUACCUCGAAGCAGCUGGCGAAAACAGUUCCAAUCGUGGAAGCACCAGAACAGUAGGGUCGAACUUGAUGGGAACGACCGCAUCCUCGUUACACCGAGUAAAGGACAUGAAGAAUAAUGAUAUUGCGGCCUUUGUCUUCCCUGAUUUGGCUGUCAAAGUGGAAGGAAAAUUCAGGCUUCGGUUUGUCCUCAUGGUUAUGGAGGAGCCUUCUCUUUCCUCGACCGGAGAAUGGUCGGGAGAGUGGCUUACGAUUACGGACUGCUAUUCGGAUGUCUUUACAGUACACACCGCUCGAUCUUUCCCUGGAAUGGCAGAAUCGACACCUUUGACGAGAAUGUUCGCAGACCAGGGCAUACGAUUGCGACUUCGCAAGGACUCGCGGCAGUUGACAACGAAGAAACACAAUUCCAAUGCGGCGAGUCGCCUGGGGGAUAAGCGACCUCUAUCCCGCGACGGGGAAGAGGUAGCACAGAAAGAUAGCGAGUUCCCGAUUGCAGCGCUUAGGAGGCCGGUCGCAAGCUCGAGUCGAACUAACUCCGAACAGCAGCAACCCUUUCCCGGAGGUUCGGACGCCAAAAGACAACGUCAUGCUUCUGCUGGACAGCAUCCCUUUCCCGUACGUCAGACUGUGCCCAGUACGAUGUCUUACGGCUACCCUAACAUGGGACCGCUUCCAACGCACCCAAGUCCAUUCUUCACGACGGGCGUGUCUGACAAUUCGCUAUACGCUUCGGCCUACCAACCUCGGGAUUCAUUUGGCUCGAGUGGCCCUGGAAGAAUUGACCCUCAGAUAUCGACAUACUCUGGAGAGAUGUUUAAUUAUCCAGGCAGCCAGCCAUCGGCCAAUCCCUAUUCCUUCCCACCAAGCGGGGCUUCUGCCCACGUGCAGCACCAACCACAUAAUGUGUAUGGAGUUUCCCAUGAGCCGCAGCUUCCUGGCAUCAACCGCAACUGGAACCCCGGUAGCGCUCAGCUUAACAUGUCACCUCAUGUCGAGUCUCAAGCAGGCCAGACUCCAGUCAGUAGUAGCAAUGGGUCACCUCGCGACAUGAGCUAUACCCACACAGCACCCCACCAUCAAACAGCCUACAUACAACAACCAGCUGGACCAUACGACCAGGGUCUUACAAGAAACUAUGGCAUUUCGACGCCUGUUACUUCAACUAUACCCAAUGACGUCCUACCGAACGAUCUUCCGAGUUAUCCGGAUGACUUCAAGCCAACAGCACACGGAGCCUGAAGGCUACAAACACCUCUUUUCUUUUUCAUUUUUCCUUCUAGACAUUUUCUUUUUGUUGCAACAGUUUCACCAUACACUUGUUAUAAUGCCGAGUCGGUGCUAGCGUCGACAAAUGCGCGAUGAGGCAUAUCACCAUUCACUUCUUUAUAACACCAUGAUUCGGUUUAAUUUGUACACUCUACACUUCCAUCCUUGCGUGUAUUCACAUUCACCAGCGAGCGAAGAUCAUCUCGUUUUCCAGGUUAUAACAGCC